UGAGUACACAAUAUAGCGUGUGUCGUUUUAAACAGAACACAGGUAUACUCGAUAUAAAGCGAGCUGUUAACCCACAUUUAAGGGAUUAUAAAUAUAAGGUGGAACUGAAUUCUCGUUUGUGCUAUACAUUUCUUUGAGUAAAAUGUCUACGGUGUUUGUUGUUGGAUAUACUGGUGCAACAGGGAAAGCUGUUGUGAAUAAAUUAUUUCACGAAGAGAGUUUUAAACGAAUUGUUUUAAUUGGUCGAAGGAAAGUUACUCUAACUAUAGGAGACGACCCCAGAUUUGAGCAAAAGGAAGUGGAUUUCGACAAGCUGGACGACUUUAAGGAUGUGUUCCGAGGCUGCGAUACCGGCUUCUGUUGCCUGGGGACCACGAGGAGUGUGGCUGGCAAGGAAGGGUUCAUCCGUGUAGAUAGGGACUACGUCGUUAAUUGUGCAAGAAUUGCCAAGGAAACCGGAUGUCGCCACUUCCAGGUCGUGUCUUCCACAGGAACAAACAAAAACAGUUGUCUACUGUAUCCCAAAACCAAGGGGGAAAUGGAGGAGCGGAUAACGGACAUGGGGUUCCAGCGUCUGACCAUCUAUAGACCAGGCUUCCUGCUAACGGACAGAGAGGAAACCCGCAUCGGAGAAAAGCUGGUCAUGUGCUGCAUGUUUCCGGUCUUCAAGCUGUGUCCCACAGCGGGCAGCGUGCACGUGGAUCUUGUAGCCCAGGCGAUGAUCAACAACGCCAAAAGACCGUUCAAGCCGGAGGGAACGUCCAUAAUACCGAACGCUCUCAUUCACGAAUGGGCCCACAGCUAAAUAGCGUCAGCAACGGCGUCGCCAUCAUGAUUGUAACAUGCUUUAAUUAUCAUCACCAUGUGAGUGAUGAUGAUUAUCAUAACUUUCGAUAAGCUCAUGAUUAGUAUAAUCUGAUCGUCAUCGUUAUAGUUGUCAUCAACAUCGUAAUCAUCAUCAUCAUCAUCAUUCGCAGCAUCUUCAGCAUCGUCGUCGUCAUUAUCCUCAUCAUCAUAACCAUCAUCAUCAUCGUCGUCGUCAUCGUCGUCGUCAUCAUCAUUAUCAUCAUGAUCAUGAUUAUCAUUAUCAUCAUCAUCAUCAUCAUCAUCAUCAUCAUCAUCAUCAUCAUCAUCAUCAUCAUCAUCAUCAUCAUCAUCAUCAUCAUCAUCAUCAUCAUCAUCAUAAUCAUCAUAAUCAUCAUCGUCAUCAUCAUCAUGUUUAUAUUCAUAUAUGAAUUCAUAUUCAUAUUCAUCACAAUCGCAAGUGGCAACUUAACCGUAAUCAAGUUUCUAAGGUAGUUGCAGUAAGGUUUUUUGCACAUAAGAGAAUACAUUGAAUCGUUUAUGUUCGUUUAACCGUUUUUUUUAACGAAUUUGAUCACUUAGGCAUUUAAAAAUAUUGAUGUAAUUGACACGUUUGCAUUCUGUUGUCUGUUCCAGACUAUAUGUCAUCACCGGUGACUUUUUGAUAUGAUACAUUUAACCUAAAUAUACACAUAUUUAUAUGGCUGUCUUCAAUUUAUAUAGUUGUUGUGAAUGCAGUUUUAGGUUUUUUUCUUACAAUUUAUGUGAUAUAUUUUUAUUUAUUUGUUUAACAAUUAUACUAUUAAACAAGUAA